GGAAGCCAAGAGUUUGGGAGACAUCAUGGACAAUCGUCCACCGAGUUCCCAGGCUGAGGACGAGACCUGCCAGCCCAGCUCCUCAGGGUACCCCCUGGAGGUGACUGUCUAUGAAGAAAUCCCAGGACCGUCAGGUGAAGGAGCUGGCACGAGAAGGAAUUGCAGAGGCUUGACCGCCCCCUGGGCCGGUUGCACCUCCCCGCCUCAGCGCCCCGGCGGAAAGAGGAAGAGGUCAGUGGCGUUCAGAGCGGAGGUGGAGGGCGACCCGGCCGCUGAGGCCCAGGACACCUGGGUCGUGGAGUGGCUGAUUGGGCUCAAGAUGAAGCUGAAGCGACAGCGGGUGUCUUCAGUGCUGCCUGAGCACCACGAGGUCUUCAACAGGAUGCUCGAGGAUCCCGUCGUUAAGAAAUUCCUUGCCUGGGACAAAAGGCUGGAAGUAUCUGACAAGGUCCUGCCUGGCAGUGCCUCCUUGACGACUGGGCGGCUCUCGGUGACGGUGACGGUGACGCCGGGCAGGGCUGGCUAUGUGGCCAGCGACAUGGAAGAGGACAACCAGGCCCCCAAACAGGCCAUCUUUUCGUUCCUCUAUGGAAAGAACCGCUCCCAGCGUCCCUUGUUCCACAAACUGCGUUCCCAGUUCAUCCGUUCCAUGGGCUGGAAGACGAGGGUCACUCGGGAAGAGUGCGAGCAGAUCCAGGCUUUUGAUCCAGAGCUCUGGGUGUGGGGAAGAGAUCGCUCCCUCUUGCCCCAGGGGCCCCAGGAGCACGCAGGCCUCAAGUCAUCGGCCUGCGCAAAG